AUGCCGGAGCUGGCUUCAAAGGGCGCCACCAUUUCCAAGAAGGGCUUUAAGAAAGCCGUAACGAAGACACAGAAGAAAGAGGGCAAGAAGCGCAAGCGCAGCCGCAAGGAGAGCUACUCGAUUUACAUCUACAAGGUGCUCAAGCAGGUGCACCCUGACACUGGCAUCUCCUCCAAGGCCAUGAGCAUCAUGAACUCGUUUGUCAAUGACAUUUUUGAGCGUCUCUCUGCUGAGGCGUCGCGCCUGGCGCAUUACAACAAGCGCUCGACCAUAACCUCUCGCGAGAUCCAGACGGCCGUGCGCCUGCUGCUGCCCGGCGAGUUGGCCAAGCACGCUGUGUCCGAGGGCACCAAGGCCGUCACCAAGUACACCAGCUCCAAGGCCCAGCUACGGUUCCCAGUGGGACGUGUGCACCGCCUGCUGCAUAACGGCAACUACGCGGAGCGUAUCGGCGCCGGCGCGUCUGUGUACCUGGCGGCCGUGCUGGAGUACCUGGCGGCCGAAAUCUUGGAGCUGGCGGGCAACGCGGCCCGCCACAACAGGAAGACACGCAUCGCCCCGCGCCACCUGCAGCUGGCCAUCCGCAACGACGAGGAGCUCAGCAAGCUGCUGGGCAAGGUGACCAUCGCGCAGGGCGGCGUGCUGCCCAACAUCCAGGCCGUGCUGCUGCCCAAGAAGACCGAGAGCCACCACAAGGCCAAGGGCAAAUAAGGAGCAAAGCGUAGCGUUCAAAACCAAAGGCUCUUUUCAGAGCCACUCAAGUGUCCGAGAAGGAGCUGAGGCAAAGCGUGACUGACAAGCCGGCCGGUUUGGCUCUGGAUAGAGCGUUGGCCCAGGCUGGAGGGUCCCGGGUUUGGUUCCGGGUCAAGGGCACGUGCCCGGGUCGCGGGCUCCAUCCCCGGUGGGGGUGUAUGUGCCGGAGGCAGCCGAUCAAUGAGUCUCCUCGUUGAUGUUUGUGUCUCUUCCUUUCGCUCAGAAAUCAAUAAAAAUACU